UAGUUUUUUUUUCUAAUAGAUUUUCCAAUUUUUCACACUUAAAUAACAAUUUCUACUCAAAAUCUUUCACCAUGUCGACUCUACAGCAGAAGAGAAAUAUGUUCAAACGAAUAAUUUUGGAGAUGGAGGCGAAUCCAGCUCUCUGGGAUACAGCCGAUACAACAAGUUACCAAUAUGGUCGAUAUGAUAAGCAAAUUGCAACACAAAUUGCAGCUGAUAAGCUAAACAUCCCAUAUUCUAAGUGUAUAUACUAUGUAAGGUACAUCAAAAGUCAGCAUGCAAAAGAAGAUGCUCGUCGUAAGGAAAAUAAUCUUGUAGAGGAUGAUGGCAAAGGAUGGCCAUUGUAUGAUCUUUGCUCCUUCCUUAAAUCUCAAAACAAUGCUGUGAUUGUUAGAGAUUUCAAGAAAAAGGAAGGAAAUCCGGAGAAUACGGAGAUGAGCAAUUGUCUUUCCGGUUCAUCCUCACCAGCAGCACCGCUUAUUGUAGAUCCAGACUUUGACUUUAUUUGCUCAUCAGAUGACAAUUUAGAACCAGAUGGUAUCCAAGAACAUUCAAAGAUUUCUCUAAACGAAAGCCAAGACGAAACAUGUGCCAUUGAUCCUACAAGGAAUUUAAAUGAAAAUUCACAGAGAAGAGACAAAAAAUUCUUAAUUGGAAAUAUUUGUUCUACGCUAGAGUACGAGCUAUCUAAUGUGAAUUAUCCUGAAAUUGAUUUAGUAUCCUUCCACGGGGAUGUUUUCAAAUUUAUGCAUUCCCAUUUUAAAAGAGAAAAAUAAAGAGUUUUAUACAAA